AUGGCUCUCUCUGUUGUAUCUUGUGUUGCACAAUACCUUGGUGGCCUGCUAAUGCAAGAGGCAGAACUCUUAGGUGGGGUUUCAGAUCAGAUUGUGAAGAUCCGAAAUGAAAUGACUCGGAUACAAGCCUACUUAAUAGAUGCAGAUGCAAGACAGGAUGAAAGCGCAGUUGGUCGUAAUAGGGUUUCAGAAAUGAGAGACCUUGCAUACGAUGUGGAAGAUGCCAUAGACACCUAUAUUCUGGAAGCUAAGUAUAAAAGCUUCUUCAAUCCAAAGAAAUAUGUACGACUUCACAAAAUUGGGAAGGAGAUCAAAGGUCUUGAAGCCAAGAUAAUGGACAUCACUCGCGGUGUAGCAACUUACAGUACAAGCCAAGGAGAAGGAACGAGCUCUACAAGGGAGACACGGCAACAGUUGAGACAAUCCUAUCCACAUUUUGACGAUGAAGAUGUUAUCGGCAUAGACAACGACAUUAAGGUAUUGGUUGCAGAGUUGAUCAAUAAGGAAGGCCCCCGUCUGGUUUCCAUUGCUGGGAUGGGGGGAUUGGGUAAAACUACCCUUGCCAAAAAGAUUUACAAUCAUGAUCAAGUGAAGCGUCAUUUUGAUUGUCGUGCUUGGAGUUUUAUUUCCCAACAAUUCCAUGGAAGAACCAUUUUGCAAGAAAUCAUAAGGAAAGUUUCCAAUCCAAAUGAAGAAACGAGAUUUGAGACUUUGAAUGAUGGAGAAUUGAAGGAGAAGCUUUACAAGGUAUUGGAAGACAAGUGCUAUCUGGUGGUCCUUGACGAUAUAUGGAGCACAGUGGCAUGGGAUGUUCUAAAAUCCGCAUUUCCGAUGUAG